CUAGUUACAAGGUAUCGCUCAAAAUGGCUGUAAUGAAACAGUUAUGCAGAGCUGCUGUUCAUCAUGAGAAUUAAUGUGUUGCAUUUGUUUCAUGAAUGAAGAAACCUAUAUGCGAUCCGGACAAAAUACCGGAAAGAACGCUGCCCUAACACGUCUGUCUGUCUGGUGUGCUUUCGACGAAGAUCCUCUCCACCUCCCCAGAAAUCUGCGGUGACUGUACUGGAUGAAGCCAUGAAGAGUCAGGAGCAGAAGAUGAACCAGAGCGCAUUGAAAGGCCAAAUACAAAAUGAAGCCAGACCGCAGUGCCAGACCAAGAGCCUCCAGUUCAGGAGCAUCGCCCCCAAAGCACUUCCGGCGGUCUCGGCCCCGCCCGCAGUCCUGUCCUGCCAGCCCCCCUCUGCUCUGCCGGAGGCGUCGGCAGCCGUCAGCCCAAAGUCCAUCAUCGUCCCUGCCCAGAACUACGCCCUCAUGCAGGUGGCCGGCCAGGAGGGCACCUUCUCCCUGGUGGCCCUCCCACCAUCACUGUCCCCUCAGUCCCCCCAGCAAAUCCAGAAGGGGCUACCCAUCCCCAAAAACCUGAAGCUGCCCAUCCCCAGGUAUCAGCCGGUGAGGAGCAAGAGCACCCCGGAAAAGGCUUCCCCAGGCAAGGCGUCCCGCCUACAAAGCCCCACCAAAUCACCCCUGCCGAAGCGGAGGGCGGCCACGGCCGUAAGGGCCCAGCCCUCGGAGUGUCUGGAGAGCAGGCCCACAGUGGAGCCCCCAGAGCAGGUCAUUGUGAUCGACCCUGGCCCUUCUGAAAUAGCAGUCACAACCCUGCUGGCUGACAAUGCCCUCCUCUGUCCGGGUUCCCAGUUGGAGAAACCCGUCGACCUGGACAAGAUAAAGGGCGAGCAGCAGAACCUCCAGCAGAACAUGCGCUGCUCCUCCAGCGCGGGGUCGAAGGAGACACUGGUCCCCGCCUCAUUACCGGCUGGCGAUAGAUCCCCUGCCAAGCCCCUGGAGGAAGGGAAGAGGUUCAGGCCCUGCCUCUCGAAGCCUGCCAGCCAGCCCUCCAACAGCAUCACCGUACUCUCUCCUGCUGUCUUCAGCAAGGCAGUCCAAAUAAUCCCCUCACCACCCAGGGGAAAACUUCCCAUCCUGCCCUACUCAAAGAUGAAAAGCACCCUCUUACCGGUGGCUAAAUCCAGCCCUAAAUGUGCCAACCUCCCCGACGGGCCCUUGGAGAAUGCCGAAGUGGUCCAUCAAAAGCAGCCACGGCAAAACCAGGCUCUGGCUAAGAGUGGUGGCUUGCUGGGAGCAGGGCCAUCCGCUUCGCCAGCUGGGAAGAAGAGGGGAAGGAAGAGGAAGACUAUGGAGGACAUCCUGGCCUUUGAGGCCAAGAAGAAGAGGUCCCUGUCCUUCUUUAGGAGGAGGGUUCCUGAAAAACCAACCCCGGCUUCUGGCACCACUGCUGCGUCCAGCACGGGGUCUAAGGACAGGGCGGUGGACAUCUCAAAGAAGUACCGCAGCAUAAGACCCAAGCCUGUGCUGUUGAUGGAGACUCUCCCACGGCUGGUGGGACUCCCUGCCCUCCCGGCCCCCGAAAACCUGGAGCAGGAGAUCCUGGUCGGCCAACAGCUCCCUGGAAAGUCCCCGGAGAGUCAGCGGCUGGGUCAGGUGACCGUAAGGCAGGGGCCUCUGAGGGUGGCCGGGGUCGGGUCCGGGGCGGAGCUCGGCGGGUACGCCUUCGUGGGGAGCCGGCAGCUGCACCGCUGUCCCACCUGCAGCCGCUGCUUCCAGUUCAAGCACCACCUCCAGAGUCACAUGAACAGCCACACCAACAGCCGGCCUUACGUGUGCCCCAUGUGUCGAAAGACCUACGCCCACUCGGGCAGCCUCAGCACCCACAUGAAGCUGCACCACGCCGAGGGGCGGCCCCGCCGGACCCUGCGCUGCGAGUUCUGCGAGAAGGCCUUCGGCUAUGUGGGCGUCUACUUCAGCCACCUGAAGGAGGUGCACAAGGUCAUCCUGACGGUGGAGCCGUCCAUCAGCCAACACGAGGAGGACGUGCCAGUUCUGAGCUCGGCACCGCCAGAUGUGGACGAGCAGGAGGAGGACCCCGUUGAGCUGCAGAUCAAGUGCGGACGCUGCCAGGCCAUCACUCCCACUUUCGCCGACAUGAAGCUGCACCUGCUGUACGUGCACGGUGAGGAGGUGCAGGUCCGCCUGAAGGAGGGGGCGCUGCAGGGGGGCCGCGAGGCCGAGGACGAGCUGGUCAAGCACGCCGCCCACUACUGGAGGCAGCUGAACGAGAAGCGCAACAUGGUCAAGUGCGGCAGCUGCGAGGAGGAGUUCUUCUCCUUCUCCAAGCUCAAGAGACACGUCCACUCCCACCACCAGGGGGAGCCGGGGGUGGCCCCAGAGGGGGGUGGGAGUCCCGCUAGCGAGGAGUCCGAAUUGUCGGCCAGGAGCGUUCUGGCUCAGGGGUUCAGGACUGGCUCGGCCUUCAACUGCAUCCUGUGCAGAGACGUCUUGGACGGCAAGACGGAGCUUCUGGAGCACUGGAGGAGUCAGCACAACUGCGAGGACCCGUCCUUGCUGUGGACCGUGUUUACCGCGUUUGCAGAGAAUGAGGAUCUCCAGCAGGGGGCGAUAGUCUGACCAUCGUCUCCCUGCAGGCCUCCUGAAUGCACCCACAUCCUGUCACAUGACUAAAUUAUAGCACAGAGUAGACCCACAGAGUUUCUUUUUCUUUUUUUUGUUGGAAACUUUUAAUGGCUUGUUUUGUAUUGUUUAGUAUGUUUUUCUUUUAAGGUACUUUGUUUUGUAAAUGAGUAAAACUGCCUUCACUAUUUUAUGUUAGCUCACUUUGGUUGCACUGUUUUAGUUUAGAGACUAGUGAGAAGAAAACUCAAUGAUAGCAAACCAGUGAAGGAAUAUUUAUAAAAAUCUUUUUGCCAUUUAAUAUUUUUUGUCACCUGAAACUGGUAAGAUAUUUUCUAGCCAAUAAUAUAGGUUUCCUUAUUUAUGAGAGAUGCAUUAGUAGAUUAAUUAGGCCUUCGAUCUUCGACAUAAACUAUUAUCGUGUUUCAAUUGGCACGGAUUAAAAAAAUCAGUGCACUAAAGAAAAAAAGUAGUUUAUGUGGCGUUCUUUUUGUUUGUGACAAUCUUUGUUUUGUAUGAUUUUAUUCAAGGCAUUUAACCUCAACCAAUGACCAGUUACAAUGAGACACUUUGAUCAGUGACAACCGUUUUUAAGCUGAGACAUGUUUAAAUAUUUCCUACCCGUUACAAAGUUACCGGCAGAUCACCUCCUGAAAUUCACACUUUUCAUCUUCAGUUUGAGAGGCAAUGUUUGAUUUUAAGAAUGUAUCGGACAUUUUCGCAGAUAAUCUCAUUGUACUUAUAAUAAUCUCUUAGAUAACCUGUCUGGCAUUACAAGCUAAAUUAACAAUGUACUGUAGGAGAACUUGUAACUUUGUUCAUCUCACCUUACAGUGCUAAUUCCACUAUAGAGCAGACAUUGCUGAAUGGUUGUGUAGGUGCUUUGUAGUUAAAUAUCUUUCAUUUUAUGUUUGUGAAGUUACAUGGAGAUUUACUGUGUAAGAUUUAUCGCUAUGCGUUCUGUAACGCUGUACACCACUAGCAUGAGUUUGUUUCAGUGGUCGGCAGUGUGUGGAUAAUGCGUCUUCUAUUCUAACUAGCGUUAACCUGCUUCUCUGUAAACCUAUGAAAUCUGCUUCAGUCUCUGAUUAUGGGAAUCAUGUCUCGCAGGUGCUGCAGUUGUAAAGCGUAACAGGGUUUUUAAACAGGUUUUUUGACUCAUUCAUUCAUAUGACCUCAUUCGAAUAUAUAAAUAUAUAGUGGCAAAGGCUUACUCCCUGAAAUAUACUAGUUUUAAAUAUUGCUAACCUCAAAAGCGUGUUUUUUAUGCUGUUGCUAUAGCGGUAUUUUCAGUGUUUUGAUUUUUGAGGUGGUGAAAUGGCUUUAAUAGGGCUUUAAACUGUUCACAUCAUUCUAAACAUUUACCGGAUUUUGGUUGCACAGCAUUUUCACAGGGUAACUGAAUGUUUCUUGAAUGUUCUAACACUAUCAAAUAUAUACACAUAUAUAUUUGCUUAGUAUACAAGUAAAAUGCUGCUCGUGUUUUCUCUCGUUGGAAAGAAACGCACAUCCUAAUGUUUUCACACCUCCUGCCGCUUGAGUUCUAUAAAUGUUUCCUGCUGUGUCUGAUCACAAACCCUGGAUGUGGGGAGAGCUGGGAAAUGCGGUCCCCUGGCAUCUGUUUAACGGUGUCCUUUGUGACUGCGAUAAACAAAUACAACGUGUCUGUCAUGAGGACAAAUUACCGGGAGGUGGAAAUGUUCCAAUAUCAAGAGGGUAUUCUGAGGGUGAGUUUAGUGUCAUGUUAAAUGUUAAAGUGGAUUUGGCUAUUUGUCCAAUGUACACAAGAUAGAAAAGUCUAAGGCCUGUGUUCAAUAUAUUCAAUGUUCAUUUCGAGCUGUGUAAUUGAAGAAACUUCUAGGUUUUUUGCACAGACUUGGCAGUGUAUCAAGGUAAUGAAACAAAGCAUUAUGGCAAAACGGUAUAAAAAAUUGCAACGGUUUCCUAAAUCGUGAGGUCUUCUGUAAACUUUAUGGAAAUGGUGCCAGGGGAACAGACAUCAGUAAAAAAAGCUAUUACCUUUUGUGUGGCACUUGAAACGGUUUUAUCAAGAACAAUGGGGGGUGGGAGGGACAAGGGUGUGGACUGUCAGAAACUGUUUUUGCUUCAUCCUUGAAGUGCUUGUUGUUCUCAGACGCGUUUUGGAGUAUUUGCUACAGCGCAGUGCAUUAAUAAAGGUUAAUGGCUGAGUCCAAAAA